AUGACCGAGAGCGAGAUCCGCGAGUACAAGCGAAAGCGCGGCCACCUCGAGAAGAAGGUCCAACCCGGCCCCGACCAGGGCGGCAAGCAAUCCGGCCCCAAGACAGGCGGACAGCCAGGUCCGACGCAGACGCUCACGAACCCUCCCAAGGAAAUCAAAGUGGAGGUGGAGGGGGAAGAGGUCAGCUUUGUCCUCGACGCUGAAGCGCUGGCCAACGCCCACGCGCUCCAUGAUGUCAGCCCGGACAACUUCAACGAGCUGAUGAGCGCGAUCGCCGCGCUUGGGUUCCCUGGCAAGAACGCCAAGGGGAACGCCGCGACGCUGAAGCAGAAGCGCCAGACCCUCAAGGGCGGUGAACGCGACAGGAUCGCGUUCAGCAUCGAGAACACCGACGGCGCCAACGUCAUCGUCGCGCGCGUCGUGGGUCGCAUGAAGUCCCAUGACCCCGACACCGACACCGAAGACUUCGGCGAGUGGGUGGUCUGCAAGGACGCCGCAGAUGCCGACAUCUCAGCGGAUGUCGCCGCAUCGAGCACGAUCGCGCUCGCCGUGGUCGACCCCAUCUUCGACGAGUACGGCGUCGAGGUGGAGAGCAAGGUCGACGACUCCCAUGGCGCCGCAGUCGUCCACGCAGUACAAGACAGGCUCGAUCUCGACCUCGCUGGCAUCAAGGGUCUGCUCGGCGUCGUGGAGAACGACUGGGACGCGCUGAUCACGCUUUACCUCGAGGCCGCCAAGGAGCGCGCCGACACCUACAUGAACAACCCGUUCACCUUAUCCGACGGCACCGAACUCAGCAUCCCUGCGCGCGUCAAGCUCGGCGUCUACGAGGACGUCUACGCGCAGUGGUGUGAGCUCGUCGCGAGGGAACGCGAGAUGCUCGAUGUCGCCGCGGAUCCAGGCCAGGGCAACGAGCUCGGUAAGGUGGUCAAGGGACAGACGAUUCGCUCGAUCGAGAGGGAGGACGAAACCGUGACCUUCCACAGCGUGCGCGACUCCAAGGAUUCUGACAUGGCGACCUACACACACGGCGUGACCUAUUCUGAUGUGCUCGGGGAAUGCCUGUUCGACACCGUGAACAUCACGGCGAGCACGACCCCGGUCUCCACGACGCUGAUCACGACCUACAUCGAGCAAGAGGCUGACAGGAUCAACGCGAUCCUCGAGGAGAAGGGGAUCGACCCCGCCUCGAUCGCUUCCUACGAGAGCUCCCAGGGACUUGUCGCCAACCUUUUGAUCGAGGGCGCCGCGCUCAAGACCAACCAGCGACACGGCAUCCCACGUCUGGCACUCCAGGAUCUUCGCGAGCGCUACGAUAAACACCUCGCUGGCCUCGGCUCGCUCCGUGGCGCGAACCUCGGGGCCGCGGAGCCUCGGAAGCCGGGCCAGCGCGUGGACGCGGACCCCGACAACCCGCGCGGCCUGCUCAUCUCGCGCAAGGGGUGA